UUGGCUCGUCUCCGGGUGACGCCCCGCCCCCUUUCGUGGCUGCCUCCGAGCCUGUGGUUAGCUACGAGGAAGGAGGAAGUGGAGCUGAGCUGCGGGUCAACACACUGCGGUAACUCGGCAUUUUAUUACAGUAAGGAAAACAAGCGUCAUCUGAUGGAACCCGUCAGCGUGGCAUCAUGUCCCUUCUUGAUGACAUCACUAGGCUGUUCCUGUCAGAGCUGAGUGCCGUGAUCCUCUAUCUGCUCACAUCAUCUCUUCUGUCUCAGUGAAGUCAGUCUACUGUCUGCUAACCUCGCCCACAGCCUCGAACAUGGCUCCUGUGCCCCCUGGCAUUCGGUUCCUGGCGUCCUUUAACCGGGACCAGUGGUACCGAGCCUUCACGUUUGCCCUCACCUUCCUGCUCUACACCAGCUUCCACCUGUCCAGGAAGCCCAUCAGCAUUGUAAAGAGUGAACUCCAUAAGAACUGUACGCAGAUUAGAGAGGUGACGUCUACUGUAAAACACAUCAGCAGUCAGCAGCACAAUAUCAUUGAAACAGACUGCAGCUGGAAACCAUUCGAUAAAGGAAACUAUAAGCAGCUGUUGGGGACGAUGGACUACUCGUUCCUGUGUGCUUAUGCUAUAGGCAUGUAUCUGAGUGGGAUUAUUGGAGAGCGUUUGCCCAUCCGCCUCUAUCUGAGUGUGGGGAUGCUGACCAGCGGCCUCUUCACCUGUUUGUUUGGACUCGGAUACGUCUACGACAUUCACAACCUCGGAUUCUACAUCUUUGUCCAGAUUGCCAACGGAGUGGUGCAGACUACUGGCUGGCCCAGUGUAGUGACUUGCAUUGGGAAUUGGUUUGGCAAGGGCAGACGUGGUCUGAUCAUGGGGCUGUGGAACUCUCACACCUCUGUUGGAAACAUCCUGGGUUCUCUGAUCGCCGCGUACUACGUGUCGUCUAACUGGGGGCUGUCCUUCAUCGUCCCUGGCAUCAUCAUCGCCGUCAUGGGCAUCAUCUGCUUCCUCUUCCUUAUUGAGCACCCAAACGAUCUGAAAGCUGCUGCCACUCAAAAUGCUGUCAAUGGUCACCAGAAGUUGCACAAAAGCUGGAAUGGGGUUAAUGGCCAUAAAGACCUGUACCUGCAGUAUAAACAAGGAGCAAAAACCCAGAGCUCCGAUACAGAGCUGUUGUUGGGGCAGGACAGUGCAGGAGUGUGUGUUCCUGUGCAGCAGGUGGUCGUAGUGAAGAGUGAGGCAGAGCCGGGUGCCAUUAGUUUCAUGGGAGCUUUACGCAUACCGGGUGUGGUGGAAUUCUCUCUGUGUCUGCUGUUUGCUAAGCUGGUCAGCUACACGUUUCUGUUCUGGCUGCCCCUCUAUAUCACUAAAGCAGCUCACCUUGAUGCAAAGAAAGCAGGAGAUCUGUCCACCCUGUUUGACGUGGGAGGAAUCGUCGGUGGAAUCCUGGCAGGCGUGGUCUCAGAUAAGAUGGGAAAGAGAGCCACUACAUGUGCUGUGAUGUUGCUCCUGGCUGCUCCAACACUCUAUGGCUUUUCCAUGAUGAGCCAGUUUGGACUGGGCCCCACUAUCGGCAUGCUGCUGGUGUGUGGAGGGUUAGUGAAUGGACCUUAUGCCCUCAUCACAACUGCUGUGUCUGCUGAUCUGGGCACCCAUAAGAGCCUAAAAGGCAAUGCCCGCGCUUUGUCAACAGUCACUGCCAUUAUUGAUGGGACAGGGUCUGUUGGUGCUGCAGUAGGCCCCCUGCUGGCCGGGCUGCUCUCUGCACACGGCUGGGAUCAGGUCUUCUACAUGCUCAUGACAGCAGACUUUCUUGCACUACUGCUGUUGCUGAGAUUGGUGUUUAAGGAGAUGAGGUCAAACAAGAAUCGUCCAAGAGCGUCUGUAGAACUGAAGGAGCACUGAGCACUUUGCACUAAAUUCGAGUGGAGGAGGAAGACUCUGGAUGGAGAUUCUGCCCUCUACGCUUUCCAACCGGGACCACAGUUUAAAUCUGUUCUCAGAACCAGACCUGCCCUUUGGCUUGCUUAUGUCCACUGUGCUUUGUGGUGCUCUAUCAGUGUAACGGGACAAAAUUGAAACUUGAACUCAUUACCAUUGCUGUAGCCUGAGUAGCAGCCUGUGACAAGCCUGCCUUUUUUACCAGCUGUAUAGAGAGUUGAAGUCCUGCUCCACCUACUGUUUCAAACCAAUGAAGUUCUUUAGACAUUUACAGUUGAGCUGUAUCAGAUCAGUGAAGGAAUCAAGCAUAGUCUAAAUGUUUAUCACUGCCAUCUAUGUCUAUAUUAUUAAUCUAAGUGUCCUUGUAAUAAGGGUUCACUGAGUUAAAUGGUACGAGGUAUAGGUAUUUAUUUUGAUUAUGUUAUAUUUAUUAAUGGAAUACAGAGGCUUUUCAGAAUCCACUCACUAUUUGGAAAUAUAAUAUUUAAAGGUGCAGUGUAAUCCCAGACAUACUUUAGUUAAAGCCUGACUCACAAUAUUCAGUGGAACUUGGUAGUUUCUUCACUUUAGGCUUCUUAAUUUAUUUCUGGGCCUGAAAAUAACGCUACCCCAAGCCAAGUAACGAUGAAGGCCUGUAAAAAUGGUUUCACUGCAGUUGCAAUUCCCCUUGGAGGCAGCAAGAUGCUCUAAAUGUUGCAAACUGCUCCUUUAAUAGUGAAUUUUCACAGGUAAUAAAUCCAUUCAUGGGAUAAACGUAACAGGCUUUAACUGGAGAGAUUCUGUGGGAAUGUAAAUAGGCGCAAUGAUCGCACUUUGCAAUGAGUUUUAUAAACCCAACCAGUCCAGUGGAUUUCUGUGUUUUCAAACUUAACACACUUUAUCGAGUGUAUCCACAAAGUCCAUGCCAGGUGAUAGACAGAGAAGACACAGACAUGUAGCAUACAAGGCAUGACCAAGGCUAGGACUGUGAACUUCCCCAUGUUGCUAAUAAUCAAUGAAAGCUAAAAGGAGCUGCUUACAAACAUUUGCUUUUUUAAAAGAUUUUUUUCAGCUUGGAUUCAAAUCUUUCUCCUUUUCCUGCUGUCAGUAAGUGUGUAAAACAGUAGAAUAGUUUCUCCAUCUGUACCACUAAAUAUCCCUUCAAGCACAUGGAACGUGUACAGAUAAAUAUGUUGUGUAUAUAUGAGGAUGUUAUUAAUAUAUUGUUCUUUAUUCACAUCUGCCUUUCUACAAACCAAAGUCAAAACCUUACAUGUUAUUUAUAUACAAAUAUAUAAUAUAUUUGGUUAUUUAAAUACUGUGUUUUAAAUACUGUGGUCCAGAGUGCAUUGAGAUUCAAGGUAUAUUGAGAUUGUUUUGUUUUAUAGGGCAGGUUCAGAUUCAGACAGAUUUAGACAAAUGUAAACUGUCCUCUGAUUUUUUUGCUCAGAUGCACAGUGUGUGUGUAUAUGAGUGUGUUCUGUACUGUGGUGUCAUAGACGGCUUGAAGGACGCCACUCAUUUUUCCGUCGUCACCGAGACCUUUUUUCCCCCAAAAUAUUGCUGUUCUUUUUUUCUUUUUUCUUUUUUUUUUUUUUUUUUUUUUUUAAGAUAUUGUAGGGACAUACACUGUUCAUUUACAGUAAUGAGUGAGUAUGAAAGACAGAGUACACAGUAGGCAAACACCAGAGAGCUUAAAACACGAUUCACCAUUAAACUGGAGCCUUUAACUGAAAUGCCAUGAUGAAGAAUAAUGCAGUUGAUUCUGUUCUGUGACCCAUCUGUAAGUGGACAUCAUAUUAUAGAUGGUUGAAUGUAUUUUUGUAUGAGUAAGUUGCAUCUAAUUGUUUACUGGUGUUACAACAACAUGAUUGUGCCUUGUUUUCUAUUUGAUUGCUCUUUAUAUGGGUUUGUUUUUGUCUGUCAUUUUCAGACUCCUUUAGAAACGCGCUGCAGUAGCUCUGCUGGGAAUUCACUUUGUAUAAAGAAAUUAUAGGAACGAAUGUGAACAAAUCACAUUAUUAAUAAAGAGGAAUAUCAGCUGUU